UUCAAGUUUGGGACGCGAAAGAAACCGGAACCGUUUUGUUUUCUCCACAACGUACACGGACGGACUUUGACGACGGACCGGUCUACUUCCGGUCCAGUUGUCAACAGAAGAGGAUUACACGUGUUUUCAAUCCCUCAAAAUGCCGAAGCCUCAGAAGCAAAAAGGAAAAGUCCCGGAGAAGGUCUGUCACCCUUACAGCAGGAAAGCUGCUUACCUCGCCCGAGAAGAAAUCCGACUGAAAAAGAAAGACAGGCAGAGGAGUGACAAAGCAACACGUCUGAGCAGCAUCGGGGAGAAGCUGUUGUGGUUUCAGGAACAGUUGGAUCCAGAAAAGACAAUUUACACCAAAAAAGAUGCUUGUGACAUCGUUGAAAGACACCUCCAAAGGUUUGAUUUGGAACUUGAGCAGAUUGAGCUGAUGAACGGGAUCAAAGGUCGGCAGGGUCGUCUCCAUGGCGCCAGAGAGGCUGUGAUCAAACAGACCAUCGAGCGAGAGCGAGCGCUGUAUGAGGGCAUCGGGUUUGAGAUUCCAGACAUCAUGAAUGGAAAACAUCUGAAAACAUUCAGGGAGUGGAGUGGUGAUCUGAAGAAACUUCCAAAUUUGAAACUGCGAAAGGUGUCUAACAAAGGUUUGGACACAAAGAAUGAAGAGGAGGAUAAACUUAAUGAUGCAGAAGAUGACAAUGAAGAAGAUGAGGAUGAUGAUGAAGAUGAUGAUGAGCAGCUGGAUGAGAUGGUGCUGAUGUCGGACUUAAACUGAGGCUCCUCAUAUUUGACCGUAGCUCAAAGCUCCGUUCGUCCAUUCACCACAUCUGACUGUGGAGCUGAACAUCAGACGGACUUCAGAAAAUAGUUUUUCUAGAGAAAAGGUGAUUUUGUGCUUUUCUGGAAAAAAUGCUGCUGCGCCAUAAUUGUCCAGAAGAUGGUGCUGAACUCUCAAAGACGUCAAACUAACGUUUUCUAUUAGUCUCCUUUAAAGUGUUCUUGUUGCUCAGUAACUUCACACCAGUCUGUGACGGUUUCUACAUUCAUUUUUUUAUUGCACAAACAAAUAUGCAUUGUAUGUAACCUAAAUACUAAAUUUUUUCCAAUCCGAGAUAGAAAAAAGUUUUGACAAAUAUGUUGAGUGCUCUAAUGUCAUGGUGGCUGCAAGACGCAGAGAGAUUUUCUGUGACGUGACAGAUAAAAAACCCAAUUAAACCUGUAGAAAAGUGGAUAAGUGUAAACAACAGUCGCCUUUUUUAGACGGACCGGUCAGUCACACACACAGUGUGUCAAGUCUGAUGUAAAGACAUUAACGGAUGGCAACCAUGAACGCUGAAGUUACAUUAAUGUAUAAAUAACACAACCUCAUAAAGCUGCAAACUGUCAAAAACAACGUCAUAAAUAACUGGGAUACUUCAGAUUUGCUAUUUUAAGAAAUAUUAAAAAUUCUCCUACGAUAAUAAAUAAAUUCAUCUUUUUCAAACAUUACAUUUUCAGAUUUCUGACUGAGCUGAAUAAUUGUUUCUCUACUUAUCAUACGUUAACUCUUUGGUGUCUGAAGACCUGAUUGUCACAUGUUUGCCCACUUUACAGAAUGGUUGGCAGAGUGAGUACAGCUUCAAAAAUAACGCCAGAAAUGCCUGUUAAACGGAGACUGUCUGAAACUGUGCGCUGUUAUUUCAUUUUGAUUACCACCAUGUCUCUAU